GGCCGUGACGUCACAGGUAAACAUGGCGUGCUACCUGGGACGGUCAGCUGCCGGGCUGCUGAAAAAUGUCGGCCUUCCCGCUUUCAGGGGCACUACCACGCCCCUCCUGCGCCACUGCUCCAUCGCCCACACCGUCAAGGUCCGGAACACCAUCAAGAAGAAGCACAAUGAGGCUAUGCUCGGCGGAGGGCAGAAGAGGAUUGAGGCCCAGCACAGGAAGGGCAAGUUGACUGCCCGAGAAAGGGUGGCACUACUGUGUGAUCCAGGAAGCUUUGUAGAGUUUGAUGCCUUUGCUGAGCACACCUGCUCAGACUUUGGCAUGCAGAAUCAGAAGUUUUCAGGUGACUCCGUGGUGACAGGCCAUGGAUUUAUCCACGGCCGAUUGGUGUACGUAUUUAGUCAAGAUUUUACAGUAUUUGGAGGUUCAUUGUCAUCAAUCCAUGCUAAAAAGAUAUGCAAGAUCAUGGACCAGGCAAUGCUUGUUGGUGCCCCAGUGAUUGGCCUGAAUGACUCUGGUGGAGCAAGGAUUCAGGAGGGAGUUGAGUCACUUGCUGGUUAUGCUGACAUCUUUCAGCGUAAUGUCUUGUCUUCAGGUGUCAUCCCACAGAUCUCCCUCAUCAUGGGGCCAUGUGCUGGUGGUGCUGUUUACUCGCCAGCUCUGACAGACUUCACUUUCAUGGUAGAGGACAGCUCAUACUUAUUCAUCACAGGACCAGAUGUGGUGAAGGCAGUAACCAAUGAGGAUGUAACACAGGAGGAGCUGGGAGGUGCCCGCACACACACCACACUGUCUGGUGUUGCCCACAAGGCUUUCCACAAUGAUAUCCAUGCACUGUUGAACCUCAGAACCUUCAUGAACUACCUGCCACAGAGCAACCAGGAUCCAUCACCCAUCAGGAAGUGUGAUGAUCCUUGGGACCGUGAUGUGCCAGGGCUGGACACUGUCAUUCCUCUUGAGACCACAGCAGCGUACAAUAUGCUGGAUGUUGUGCAGAGUAUUGUGGAUGAAGGGGACUUUUUUGAGAUCAUGCCGAACUAUGCCAAAAACAUUAUUAUUGGGUUUGCCCGGAUGAAUGGACGCACAGUGGGCAUUGUGGGCAACCAACCAAAGGCAGCUGCAGGGUGUCUGGACAUCAAUUCAUCAGUGAAGGGGGCAAGAUUUGUACGGUUCUGCGAUGCCUUCAACAUUCCCUUGGUGACGUUUGUGGAUGUGCCAGGCUUUCUCCCAGGCACAGCUCAGGAGUAUGGCGGCAUCAUUCGACAUGGAGCCAAGUUAUUGUUUGCAUUUGCUGAAGCAACUGUUCCCAAAAUAACAGUGAUUACUCGUAAAGCUUAUGGUGGUGCCUAUGACGUUAUGUCCUCGAAACACCUGCGGGGAGAUAUGAACUACACGUGGCCAACUGCUGAGGUUGCAGUGAUGGGAGCCAAGGGGGCUGUCUCAAUCUUGUAUCGUGGGGAGAAAGAUGUCGCACAUAUUGAACAGGACUACAUGGAUAAGUUUGGGAAUCCAUUCCCGGCUGCUGUGAGAGGAUUUGUUGACGACAUCAUAGAACCUCGUACCACCCGCAGGAGAAUUUGUCAGGACCUGGACAAACUAGCCACCAAGAAACUAACCAAUCCACCAAAGAAGCAUGCCAACAUCCCAUUGUAAUUUAUGCAACUGAAGAUUCAGUGGUAUGAUGUAGAUUUGUGAUCGUAUUCAUCAAUUGUUGUGAUAUGUAAUUUAUUAUUGGUAUAAUUGAUGGAAAGUGGUGAAUAUUAAUAAUAAUAAUUUCCUGUAUAAAAUAUUUUUUUUAGUAUUGUAUUAUGUCUCACAAUAUACAGUUCAGAAUAUA